AUACUCAAUGUGAAGCAAAUAGUUGGUGCAGUACAUUUCUAUCAGAUGUGUCAAAUUGUGACUACUUAUUAUCAUGAAAUUGAAAAGUUAAAUUAUAAAAUCUGAUCACAGUCAAGUUGACAUUAAAGCGAUCGCAACUAUCGAAAGAAAAGUAACAAUCAAUACUUGUGUGAUGAGGAUUAUCACAAAGUAAACACUGACGAAAAAAAAUAAACAAAAUCGAGUGAGCAUACUUUUUAUUGUUUCCAUUAAAUGAACCAAAAUAAUGGUGGAAGUGUUGCAAUUGAAAUGGGAAUCACCGCUCAAACAGAAACAGUAGCAUAUGGAAUGACAAAAAAAAAUUUAACCUUGAAUUUCUCUAAUGAUUUCGUGCAAUAUAAACAGUUUAACCGAAUUUUAUAAAAUAAUUGAGUCUUAAUUCCAAAUAUUUUUUGCGCACAAUUUUUAGCCAGCUUCGAUACGUGCGUGCAUUCUAUUCAAACUUUCAUUCUAUAAUACGAUGUGUGAAUAUAUUCUUCAAAUAGAGUUAACAAUAUUUUCGCGGAAAGAAAGGAAAAUAAGUAAAACAAAAGAACAAAAAAAAACAAAAUCUAAUUGCAUAAGAACAUAAAAUACGCAAUAAACUGAAUUAUAUAGUACAAAAGGUGGAAUUGAAUAUAUGAGACGAGAAAGAUAGAAGGAAAUUCGUUAUUUCUCGUCAGGUCAUAUUCAAAUUCGGCAAGAGGAACAUCAGUUUUUUUUUUGUUCAAGAGAAUUUUUGUAUUAAAUUGUUGAAUUAAAAUUCGAAAUUGUGCCAAAGGGUGAACCAUGGCUACGAAUAAAACAGCAACAACAGAAGCAAUUGAUCAAAUAGCCAUCGAAGAUUUGUAUCCGGCGUUGGUACAAUGUUUUGGCACCAUUUUAUGCGGCUAUAUCGCUGGUCGACUUAAGAUUAUUACAAAUGUUGAUACCAAAGGAUUAAACACAUUUGUUGGAACUUUUGCACUACCAUCGCUUAUUUUCACGUCGCUUGUCAACUUAGACUGGAAAACUGUCAACUGGUUAUUUUUAUUGGCUAUUCUCAUUUCAAAAUGCAUUGUAUUCUUUGCUGUUGGCAUUGUUUCCCUUCUGAUGACAAGACCUACCAACUUCGGCAGAGCAGGCAUUUUGGCGAUUUUUUGUACGCAAAGCAAUGAUUUUGCCAUUGGAUCGCCCAUUUUGAAUGCGCUCUAUCAUCAGGUUCAUCCUGAGUAUUCAUCGUAUUUGUAUUUGAUGGCACCUCUCUCGUUGGCUAUCCUCAAUCCCAUCGGAUACAUUUUGCUCGAACUGUCAAGUGUCAAAUUGUCAUCGGGCUCAAAUCAGGAGGGAAAUGCAGACCCGACGCCAAAUACGUUAAAUCAACCGGGACCGAAGAAAAGCACAUUGAUAAAAGAAGCCUUAAAAUCGAUCGUAUUAAAUCCGAUUCUCUUCAUGACAGUUCUUGGCGUUAUUGGUGGUUUUGUAUUGGGAGGUUUACCACCUAUGAUCGCUGGUGUGCUAGACAUCUUUGGCAAAUCUUUUUCAGCUACAGCCCUAUUUCUGCUCGGGCUUCGAAUGGUGGACAGUACGAAAUAUUUUUGCGGACCCGAGCUUCUAACUCCAAUUGUGCUGAUAAUUAUGAAAGAACUAGUACUUCCACUGGUGAUACGUCAAACAAUAAACAUCAUGCAUCCGGGUAGUACAUUUGCCGAAACCACCGAUCUAAGUACGUUCGGUUUUCUCUACGGAACUUUUCCAUCAGCACCUGGCGCAUUUGUGAUUGCCACCAAAUAUGAUGCGGAUGUCGAUUUGAUUGCGAGCAGUAUGGUCGCAUGUACAUUCAUAAGUGGACCAAUCAUAUUUAUCUCAGCGAAAAUGAUUUCUCUCACCAAUUUGAAGCCAUCGGAUUUCUUCCCUGAAUUGGAAGCAUUUUCAUUUGAUAUUUCUAUCAUCGGCAUCUUAAUGGGCGUUACAGUAUUGAUAUUAUUCGUUGUAACGAAAAAACAUCAGAAAAUGCCACACAAAGUCACCUGUUGCUUGCUUAUCUCUCAGACGAUUGUAUGCAUUGGUGUUAUAUUAUGGUCAUAUUUGGAGAUUGAAUCAAUCGCAGUCUUUUACACUCAAUUUAUUCUAUACACAUUUGGUUGUUUGAGCAGCCGAAUUUGGUGCGGAAUCAGUGCCAUUUCACUGCUUUUCAUUCAAUAUCGCAGCCUUUGUUUUGUUCUCAAAUUGCUUCCGAUUUUUAUUGCGGUUGGUUGGGGUGUACCAGCAAUUAUUGUAGGAUGUCUACUGAUUUUUGAUCGUCAGAAUAUCAUGCCAAGCAUUAAACGCAAUCCAAACUUUCAAUACGGGAAUACUCAAGCAGCCAUUUCACUCUUCGUUUUGGUCAUAUCUUUUAUCGUAACCGUUGGCUGUUUGGUGCUACACCAAAGAUAUAAGAGGCGCGUUGAAAGUUAUAUUUCGCUUACCAAAGAACUAUCAACUGAGUCGGUUGAUACAAAGGAUACAAUUAUAAAUGAUGCUGAACGAAACACAUACAUUCGCACAGAAAGUAUUGAGCAGGAGACGGCUCGUAAUAGAAAUCGACCGACAUCAAUGCAGUCACAAGAUAGUAAUAGUAAUACGUGCACAAGCAACGUAACCGCUCCUGACAUUGAAGAUUUGUGCAAAUCUGGCGAUAAUGACAAGAGUGCACGUUCAAAUGGAUUAUGCAGCUCUUCGUAUGCUUGCAGCGGUCCAUCUCGUCAGGCUUGCCAAGAAAUGGUCCGCGACUACCGACAGCAACAACAAUUGGAAUUUCAAGAGUUCUACAAAAGUAUCCAAAGUCUACGGCACACAGUCGUAUUAAUUUUACUGUUAUGUUCAAUGUUUGUGUCGAUUUCACUGUCCGUUUGGACACUUAUCAUGGAGGGAAUGUCGGGUAUAUACAUUGAGCUUUCAUUUUUGGAGGCAUUCCUAAAUUUUGGCCAAGUUAUGCUUGUUUCGGCGUGUUUUAUCACCGAUACCGAUGAAUUUUGCAAAUUAAUCCAACGAUACUGGCGCAAGGUAUCAAGAUUCAAUCAAAAUCCAGAUAGUACUGUUAAUUCCCCGUCAAUGAUGUCUGCAUCGCCAAUAUCAAGUGUGUCAGCAACAAGUAACGAUACGAAAACAAAGAUAAUCUGCGAUUCAUUCAUCCGACAUCAUUUGGACAAUUGCAAAGCUACCAUAGGAUCGGAUCGCUUUGCACAUUGUCGCCUGUAUAAGGAAGCAUUUUAUGGAACUACACUUGUAAACUGGCUAAUUACCGUUGGUCUUGCAAAUGAUCGGCGUAGUGCCAUUGAUUUUGCCAAUUAUCUCAUAGACGGGGACAUACUCCACCAUAUUAAUGACGUAAAAAGCUUCUACGACCGGGACAUUAUCUAUUGUUUCAGUGUCUAGAUGAAUUCUAUUCUGCUUUCCUUGUUAUUUCAUGAAGAAAUGUGAUAUUUAUUACUCUUGUGCGUUUUCUCCCCCUAGUUACCAAAAUUGUUGAAAAAUUGUGAAUAUUUGCUUAGCUAGCUAUGGAAUGAAUUUUACUGCUGGAACAACAAAUACGGCUUAAUGCAUUUUGUUUGAAGAUUUUAUUUUAUUUGACCUCUUUCUGAACAAAACUUGUUGGAUUCCAUCGUUUUUACCAUAUGUCAGUGAUUGAAAAAGAAAAAAAAAACUGAAAAAAGUUUCCUUAAUGACAAAUAUGAUCUUCUAUCAUAUGUUACUUUUACAUGCAUGUAGACGUGGAUGUGAUUUUUAUUACACAACAGCCUUGUGUAACUGAAUGAGCUGCUGAAUUCUUAUUGUUAUUGUAAUUAAUAUAAUUCUUAUACGUACAAGUUGCAUUUUAAAAGAUUAUUUUUAACUCUGAUUGUACAAACUAUGUUUGCGUCUCAGAAAAUAUCAGAAAUUUCAGCCAAAUAUUAUUUAUGAGAUGCAUGAAGAAAAAAACCAAAACAUAUUUUGAUCAUCAACGAUAGUGGACUAAUAAAAAAAAACCAAUAAAUAUAUCAAGUAA